AUGGCGAAGCAGCCGGAAAAUGCGGCGGUGGCUAUAGAAUCACCAGAUUCACCAGACUCCAUGUUCCAGCGAGGCUUCCUUGCCGAUGUAUACAACGAAACAGCUUUGGGCACACCUGAAGUUGACAAAAUCAUCACGCGAUUUCCCCCAGAGCCAAAUGGGUUUCUACACCUUGGACAUAGCAAGGCAAUUCUAAUCAACUUCGGAUUUGCCAAAUUCCACGGAGGGGAGUGCAACUUACGUUUCGAUGACACCAACCCAGCCGGCGAGGAGGACCGGUAUUUCGUUGCUAUAGCAGAGACGGUCAAAUGGCUAGGCUUUGAGCCCGUGAAAUUUACCUAUUCAAGUGACCAAUUCGACCGUCUGUACGAAUCGGCAGAGCAGUUAAUCAACGUGGACGGUGCCUAUGUUUGCCAUUGCACAAAGCCCGAAAUCGAAGCCCAGCGGGGCAACCGUAAAGGGGGUGCUCGAUACGCAUGUCCGCAUCGCGACCGUCCCAUCUCGGAAUCUUUGGCCGAGUUUAGAGCUAUGCGAGAUGGGAAAUACAGCGCCCAAGCAGCCACUCUUCGAAUGAAGCAGCAUCUUGAGAGCCCAAAUCCGCAAAUGUGGGAUUUAACGGCCUAUCGUGUACUUGAAGGUGUUUACAAGCCGAUGCAGCGGGAAUAUGGUCGAUUAAACAUUAACGGCACGGUCCUAUCGAAGCGAAAGCUAAAGCAGCUAGUAGACGAGGGUUAUGUUCGCGGAUGGGAUGACCCAAGACUCUACACCCUAAUAGCCUUACGACGUCGUGGCGUCCCCCCUGCAGCAAUCUUGACCUUCGUUCGUGAACUAGGCGGUGUUUCGAAAGCAACAACUUCCAUUGAAAUCAAACGAUUCGAAAGCGUUGUUCGGAAAUUCCUCGAAGUGACGGUGCCAAGGUUGAUGCUAAUCCUCGACCCUAUUCUAGUCGUUAUUGACAACUUGCCAGACAAUCAUUUAGAAAUGAUUGACUUAGCAUUCUCCAAGGAUCCAGGCGAUGGCUCCCAUUCAGUCCCUUUCACGAACAAGGUUUACAUCGACCGACGUGACUUUCGAGAGGUUGCGAGUAAAGACUUCCGGAGACUCACCCCAGGUGUAACAGUUGGACUACUGAAAGUGGCCUACCCUAUUAUUGCAACCAGCUUUGAGAAGGAUGAGACAACAGGCCUAGUGACUAUCGUGCAUGCGAGUUAUGCAAAACCUGAAAGGGAUGCUACCUUUAAAAAGCCAAAAGCAUAUAUCCAAUGGGUAGCAGAUUGCCCUUCCGAGAACUCUCCUAUCAAAGUCAAGGUCAAUGUUUAUAAUCCGUUGUUUAACUCUAUCAAUCCAGAAGCACAUCCAAAUGGCUUUUUAGCCGAUAUCAACCCAGAGUCCGAGGAGAUCUAUUCUGACGCGCUAAUUGAGAAUGGUUUGGCCGAGAUUGCAGAACGAGCACCAUGGCCCAAAACGAAAAAAGCUAAUGAGUCGGCGGGUAAUGGAGUACUCCCUGAGUCGGUUCGAUUUCAAGGGAUGCGUAUAGGAUAUUUCUGCCUUGACAGCGACAGUACGAAAGACAAAAUGGUAGUUAAUCGGAUCGUGAGUCUAAAGGAGGAUCCUAACAAAGGCUGA